UACUAUUUUGGUGACCAUUACAUAACAACCAGACCGUGGCAAAAGGGUUUCACUCCAAGGACGAACUCCAUUGACUCUACCCUAGUGUGGAUUCAGUUUCCCGACCUUCCCAUUGAGCUGUAUCACCCAGAAGCAGUCCUGAGAAUUGCAAGUAAAGUGGGGAAGCCAAUACGAGUGGAUAGAGCAACGGAGACGGGUGCUAGAGCAAAGUUUGCGCGGGUCUGCAUUGAAGCCGACCUUACUAAACCACUUGUGACACAAUUCAAAGUGGCCGGUGUGGAAUAUGACAUACAGUAUGAAGGCCUCACCAAUAUUUGUUUCCACUGCGGGAAGUAUGGGCAUCCCCAGACCCGUUGUCCGGCCCUGCAUGCAACUCCUGAAGAACCGAAAACCCCCGAUCAAUCGAGCCAACGUAAACCAAGACAUGAGGAGCCCUAUGGAGAAUGGAUGAUAGCCAAGAGGCGAGAAAGGAGGCCGCACCCGCGAAAUGAGUCAGUAAAUAACUUUAAACAAGGACAUAAGAUCCGCGAGGGGGAUAUGAAUAUGGUUGGUGGGUCACGUUUCGCUGCUCUAUAUGUGGAAGAGGAGCAAGAGGCGGAAGCUGUAGAGCGUCGAAACAUGCUAGAGAGCCAAGGAAACAAGGAAGGGGACAAACAACAGAGGCCUCAAAUGUCUAAGCAGGUCUGGGUGGAAAAAUUGAGACGAGAUGCGGGUGACAGCAAUAACUCCCAGAGUAUACCAGAUCCCCAUCGGAACGAGAAGCCUAAUUGCGAGGAGGUCCACCCUAGUGCGAAUUGUCCCGAUGCCACGAAUCCUCAUCAUGCGGCAGGACAAAACGCGAUGGGAGCCAUGAGAGCAGCUACACCAAUUAAUAAUUACCCAAACUUGGAGCCGAGCACGUCACAACCCCAAACCUAUAUCUCCAACCAGAUGGUGCACGAGAAGCAAGUUGAGGAAAUGGGAAGACCGCCCGAUAAAAGUAAGAGAAAUUCUAUGGACACGUUGGCUGAGAAUCUCUCCAACAAGUUGGAGCAGCCCAUAGAUGUUCUCGAGAGACAGAAGGAAGGGGGUGUGAAUAACCCGAGUAAAGAUACUGAGAUGGAGAGCCAGGUAGCAGGGGCUCUCCCAGGCUCUCCGUAG